UUGCAGUUAGGAGGUAAACGAGUGGGGAUUGUUGGCCUAGGACAUAUAGGCUCUGAAGUUGCAAAAAGGCUUGUGGCCUUUGGCUGCAGUGUCUCUUACAACUCAAGGAAGAAGAAGCCAUUUGUUGUGUUUCCAUACUAUUCGGAUGUCCUUGACCUUGCAGCUAAUAGUGAUGUUCUCAUUGUUUGUUGUGCAUUGACAAAGGAAACACACCAUAUCAUUAACAGGGAUGUGCUGUUAGCAUUGGGAGAGAAAGGAGUCAUUGUUAAUGUGGGUCGCGGGGCUCACAUUGAUGAGAAGGAAUUGAUUCAUUGUUUGGUGCAAGGUGAAAUUGGAGGUGCUGGUCUGGAUGUGUAUGAGAAUGAGCCUCAUGUGCCCAAAGAGCUUCUUGCCUUAGAUAAUGUUGUAUUGUCUCCACAUAGAGCUGUGUUUACACCAGAAUCCUUUUUGUCAUUGCAUGAUGUGCUUAUAGCCAACUUGGAAGCAUUCUUCUCAGAUAAACCAUUGCUUUCGGAGGUGAAGGAUGAAUGAGAAGACCAUCCAUUAGGUAAUAUCAGGUAAAGGAUUGAAUUCAUAAAUGGUAUUUUUGUAAUCUUCAUAAAAUUGUAUUUUUAAGAGUUGCACAAUUGAAUUUGUAAAAAUAACCCUUUUUAUACCAUAAAAUUAAAGUGAUCUGUAAAAGAACCCUUGCCUCUAUUAUCUACUAUGUUGAGUAUGAGAGGGUGA